UAUGAGGCGGGCCCUCAUUCCCGCGAUGCCGAAGUACCUAGCCACAGCCAUUACCGCUGCAGGUACUCCGUGCACAUCCAGCAUUGGACAAGCCUCUUCUUAGAAGAAAAAAAAAAGAAAGAAAGAAAAGAGAAAAAGAAUCAGACUCCAGAUUCCGUCACCACCACCACUACCACCACCUAUUCUAAUAUUCGCUUCGCUCAAGACAUCCCGCCAUACUCCCCCGACUCGUGCCACCAUGCCGAAGACGCUCGAGAAGACGCGCAAGGCUAUCGCGAAGAAGAAGGGCCCCAUCGAUUCCCUCCACCAGUACUCGCGCGACUCCAAGAGGCUGCAUCGUGCCCAACUGCGGGACGAGAAGCUGGAGAAGAUUGCGGCAUCUCGCAAGAAGAACGAUCGACCUUUCCUCCAGCGAGCCGCCUUUUUCCAGGAGGCGCUGAACCAGAAUGGGAGCAAGCCCCUCUCGACGGAUGUGAUCCAAGAACUCGUCAAGACUUUUGUGCACCAGCACGACGAGGAGUUGAGCGAGGUCAAGAAGACGCGGCGACCCGGACGACCCGCCAGCGCCAAGGAAGAUCUGCUCCAGGUCAAGAUUGAUAAGCUACAAAAGGAGCACCAGAGCGGGUUCCUUGUUCCGGCGCUCGAUUCGGAAGAAAACGCCACGCUCCUCUGUCGCUGGGAGGGCUCGUGGUCCUACUUGACCACUCUCAGAUGGGUCCGAGUAUCUUCGGAUGGAGCAGUCCAACCCUCGAGCUUCCCUCCGAGGGGAACAUAUUGAGAGGGGGGGCCAUCCCGGCAUCCACGUGCUUACCUUCUCCUGCCCAAGCAUGCAUGUGUGACGGCUGCCUGUAUUCUUUUCCCCUGUGCUUUCGGCUGAUGUUUCUAUCUUCAUCCUGGAGCAGACGGGGCCUUACCUACGGACUGGGACGUUCCCGAGACCAUGAGAAGGGAAUCGGCCUGCUUUGACAAUUGAUUCGCAAAGCCGCGGUUACCCACAGCCCUGGCACACCUCAGCUGCAAACUCCGUCACUAGCCAGCAGGUACAGCUUUCCCCUGGAGAAA